GGCUUGCCGAGCGCGAGCACGAUCGCGACGCGCUGGAGCUCACCCCCCGAGAGCGUCUUCACCUCCUGGUCCAGAAUAUUCUCCAAAUUCAUCGGCUUCACCACAUCCGUCUGGAACUGCGGGUGCAUGAACGCCUGCUUUAUCUGCUUCAGCAGCAGCAUCCGCACGCUCCCGGGGAACUUCGGCGAGAUCGUCUGCGGCUUGAGGCUCACGCUGAACGUCUGCCGGUCGACCUCGACGUCCGGGGCGUCGCCCCAGAGCAGGCGGAUGAACGUCGUCUUGCCGGUCCCGUUCUCGCCGAGCAUCACGAUGAUCUCGCUGUCCGUGAACGAGCCGCCCUCGACGGUCAGCUUGAACCCGCCGAGCGUCUUCGUCAUGGAGGGGUACGAGUACUGGCGGGACUUGUCGAUCAGGAUCUCUUCGGCGGUCUCGACCAUCUUGAAGGAGAGCGAUUCUUCGCGGAAACGCAGGUUUUCUGUCGGGAUGAAGCCGUCCAAGAAGAUGUUGAUGCCU